AAUAAGUCAAAGGAUGAAACUUAAAACACCUUUUAGGUCCAUUAUCGGACCUUUUCACUAUCAUCACAUGGGGUGUGCUUAAAAUCUAAGUUAAUAAAUUAACCUUCUUUGGCUGUUUGCUAAUUGCUAAACAGAGAGUCGUGUAUAAAAAUGGCGGUAUGGUACAAAGGUAAAAGGAAACGGUCACCAACUCCCACUAGCCCUGCAACAAAUGGAGUCUAAGAAUCACAAUGUGGGCAUAAGUUUUUCUACAAAUCUACAAAUUUAUCCUUAAAUACAACAAACCCUCUUUUACAUUCAUCCAUCUUCUUUGAUUUCAUCCUUUUUCAUUCAUUCAUCGGGAACCCUUUCGUUUUCCACAUAUACCUAUAAAGAAAAGUUGUAAAGAACUAAAGAUGUCGCUUUUUUCUUCACAGUUAAGAUAAACCCUCUUUUAUUCUCCAUUCUUUAUGCUCCUUUUGUAUUAAGAAACCAUAGUGCAAGAGGAAAAGUUGGCGUUUUGACUUCGAUUUUUUGGACCCAUUUCUUAUUUUCCUUUUUGGGUCUGUAAAAGUUCCAAUUCUAGAUAGUUUUGAUAUGAGUUUUGAAGAGUGUAGUACGAGUAGUAGUAUGGCUGAAAUGAGAAGAAUGAACUGCGUUCACAAGCGUUCUAAAAGCUUUCCAGACACGAAUAAAUUUGAAGAAGAUAGCCUUGAACCUUCUGAACGUGUUAAGUUGGAUAAGGGACGCUUGAAGAACUCUAUUCCUAAGCCGGCAAUGGAGAUUAUUAAAGAAAUUGCGGUUUUAGAGUAUGAAGUGUCACAUUUGGAGCGAUAUCUUCUCUCAUUGUACCAAAAGGCUUUUGAUCAAAAAAAUUCAUAUUCAUCCUCAUUAAGAAACAAUAAAACAUCAAAACCACCAUUGAUUACACCACGAGGCAAGUAUGUUGAAACUUGUAGGGUUGAUAUCUCAUUACAAACAAACUCAUGGCAAGAUGUAAAUCAAUGUUUCAAAGAUGAGGAACAAGAUCGACUUUUAGAUUCGGGAGUUCAACAUUGCCACUCUUCGGUAACCAGAACUUGUCCACCCGAGAUUUUUGGCAAAUCUUUACGGGCUUGUUACUCACAACCACAUUCCAUGACGGAGUAUGUGCAAACAAAUUCUUCAAACAUAAUUAGUCUCGCCGAGCAUUUAGGCACUCGGAUUUCGGAUCAUGUUCUUGAAACACCAAACAAGCUUUCAGAAGACAUGGUGAAGUGCAUGUCGACUAUAUAUUGCAAGCUUGCGGAAUCACCUCUUACAAACCAUGGCCUUUCAUCUCCUACAUCAUCUUCAUCAUCCAUGAAUGGUUUCUCACCAAAACACCACCCGGAUAUGAUGUGGGGGCCAGGGUUUAGAACAGAUUCAAGUUCAUUUGAAGUGCAAUUAGAUAACCCUUUUCAUGUCCAAGGGCUUAAUGAGUUCAGUGGGCCAUAUAGUACAAUGGUUGAAGUUCGAUGUCUUUAUAAAGAUAACCAGAAACUUGGUGAAAUCACACACUUGUUGCAACAUUUCAGGUCGCUUGUUUCUCGAUUAGAAGAGGUAAAUCCUAAGAAGUUGAACCACGAAGAGAAGCUAGCUUUCUGGAUUAAUAUACAUAACGCCUUAGUGAUGCAUGCUAUUUUGGCUUAUGGGAUCCCACAAAACAAUAUGAAGAGAGUCUUUCUACUAUUGAAGGCGGCUUAUAAUGUCGGUGGUCACAUCGUAAGUGCAGAUGUGAUUCAAAGCACAAUUCUAGGAUGUCGAAUGUCGCGUCCUGGACAGUGGAUUCGUCUAUUAUUAUCUUCGCGAACAAAACUUAAAGCAGGAGAUAACCGCCAAGCGUAUGCAAUUGACCAUCCGGAACCCCUUUUGCACUUCGCACUUUGUUCAGGAUGUCAUUCCGAUCCCGCGGUUCGUGUUUACACUCCAAAACGAGUGUGUCAAGAACUAGAAACAGCAAAAGAAGAGUUUAUCAUGGCUACAUUCAGUCUAGGAAAAGAUCAAAGAAUUCUUUUACCAAAAAUCCUUCAUAGCUUUGGGAAAGAUUCAGGAUUAUGUGAAGCUGGCAUCAUUGAAAUGAUCCAAGUCUAUUUACAAGAUAAUUUCAAGAAAAGCGUAAAGAAACAUCAGCUAUCAAAAUCAAGAAAAAAGAUCGAAUGGGUUCCUCAUGAUUUUGCUUUUAGGUAUUUAAUUUCUAAGGAGCUUGUAAAUUCCGCCAUUAAUGGAGCUUGAGCUCUUAUUUUUUUCGUUAUUUUUUUGGUUAAUGAAAAUUGUUCUAGACUUCUAGUAAUGUAUAUUGUGGUUACCCUGAUAACCUAAUUAGUGAAUUGUACAUUGUGCUCUAAAAGUUGUACCUUUUCCGAGAUUCAUCACUUUCAUUCUGAUCAGAAUAAGAGCAUCUGAUCUAGAUGAUUGAAAAUUGGAAAUCAUAUUACUAAUAAACUAAUAAAGUACAGCUAAUUAGUGCAUCUGAGAUGCAACAUUCAUUUCUUAAACAUAAAUUAAUUCAAGAAAAUACCCCCAAAAAAAAACAUAUUUUUAUUGCUUCUUGAUCAAUAAGGGCUUUCUCCGAUCACAUUCCCCGGAGGAUUAUAAAAGCAAA